CGUCCGCGCGCUACGCGGGUUGCCGUGACGACGAGGCAAGCCCGUUCCCUCAGGUUCUCCUUCCCCUCCCGCCGGCUGCCCCCGUCCCAGUCCCUCCCACCGCCCAGUCAGCCGCAAACAUGGCAGCGGCCGCUCGGAGGCUCCGCGCUGCGGAGAUGGCUUUGACGGCGGUGAGGGAAGGUCACAGGAAUAAAUAAGACAGGGGCACCACCAACCCACUUUCCUCUCCCCCCUCCCUUUCUCCACCUUGCCAUCCCCUGAGAAUGUGGAAACUCAACAAGAGCGGCAAAGUUCUCCUGGACGAUUCUCCGGAGGAGGAAGAGAGCCAUGUGCAUGAUUCGCCACCUCCACCAGCAGCCACCUCAGCCCAGAGCAAGGAUCCAUUUCUUCAUGAUGAAGGUUCAUCCUCUGUUUCGCAACUUGCAACAAAGGUUCAAGGAGCAGGUUUUCGGGGCUGGAAAGAAGUAACCUCUAUAUUCAAUAAGGAUGAUGAACAGCAGUUGCUAACAGGAUGUAAAUCUCCAAAAUCUAAAGGAACAAGUUUAAAAUUAAAAGAGGACAUGAAGUCCGAAAAGAAACCUGGAUUUUGGGACAAUUUGGUGAUCAAACAGAACAUCCAGUCAAGGAAACCAGAUGAAAUUGAAGGAUGGGAGCCUCCACAGAUUCCUGCCAGUGAUUCCUGCCACCUCAGUGAUACGGGAAAUACUUUAAGUGACUAUUCAUCUUGGUCAGGCUGGGAAGAUGAAACCAAAGGCUCCACAAAAUAUACAAACCUGGCAAGCUCAGCUAAUAGUUCAAAGUGGAGUAUCAAAUCUGCAGGACGAUUGGUUAGCAUUCGGCGACAGAGCAAAGGUAAUCUGACUGAUAACUGGGAAGAACUAGAAUGAUACACAGAAUGUGUAAUGUUCCAUACAUAUACAAUAGGCAACGUGAUUCAUGUAUGUCUUCAAAUCAAAAUCAAACCUACUUAAUAUUGUACCUUUUUACAGAGCUAUUGUUCACCUUACUAUAAAUGUCCUGGUAGUUUGGUUUUCCACACUGACCAAAGCACCUGA